UUUUAGCUAGCUGCAGAGUUCCUUCAAUGGCAAAGAUAAGCACUCUUCUUUCAUGGCUUCUCGUUCUCAUCUUCACCUGCACCGUGGUAAUCCGUUGCACAGAAUCUAGGGACGAUAGAAAGGCAAGUAUACAUACAUAUAUACAUACAUACAUACGUGUAGCUUGCGGUUGUUAGUACAGCAAAUUCUUAACGUUAGUUCGCCAUGGAAAUAGCGCUUGAUAAACCUUGCAUUGUUUCGUAGUGGCCUCACUUGAAAAGCACCAAAACUCCACACUCUUUUGUUUAAUUUUGUUGCUUUAAUUAAUCAACGGAUUUAAGUCGAAAAGUUUCGUUUUGGUGCCGGUAUGGUGUUGUGACUGCAGGCAUAUAUUGUGUACAUGGGAGAACAUUCGAAGGGCAAGGUUUUUUCUUCAUCCUUUCACAAGAACAUGCUACAGGAAGUCGUUGGCAGCGAUAUUGCGACGGAUCAUUUACUCCACAGCUACAAAAGGAGUUUCAAUGGUUUUGUUGUGAAGCUAACAGAGGAGGAAGUGCAUAAGAUGGCCAGAAUGGAUGGUGUAGUAUCUGUAUUCCCUAAUGAAAAGAAACAGCUCCAUACCACAAGGUCCUGGGACUUCUUAGGUUUUCCCACACAAGUUAAAAGAUCAACUACGGUUGAGAGUGACACCGUCAUCGCGGUGCUUGACACGGGAAUUUGGCCUGAAUCAGAUAGCUUCAAGGACAGUGGGUUUGGUCCCCCUCCCAAGAAAUGGAAAGGCACCUGCCAUCAAGUAAAUCUCACUUGCAACAAUAAAAUUAUCGGAGCACGAUAUUAUCGCACGGAUGGGUUAUUUGACGAAGUUGAUACAAAGUCUGCAAGAGAUUCGGAAGGGCAUGGGACGCACACAGCAUCAACAAUAGUCGGGGGAUUAGUGGAGAGGGCAAGUCUUAUGGGUCUGGGCUCAGGAACAGCAAGAGGCGGGGUUCCAUCAGCCCGAAUAGCGGUGUAUAAAGUAUGCUGGGCCGAUGGAUGCCAUGACGCUGACAUUCUUGCGGCUUUUGACGAUGCCAUUGCUGAUGGCGUAGAUAUAAUAUCCCUCUCUUUGGGAGGCUCCACUGCUAAGGAUUAUUUCAACGAUUCCAUUGCAAUUGGAACAUUUCAUGCAAUGAGAAAUGGGAUUUUGACUUCGGCUUCGGCUGGUAACGAUGGUCCAUCCUCUGCCACUAUCAGUAAUUUCUCUCCUUGGAUGCUUUCUGUGGCUGCUAGUACUAUUGACAGAAAAUUUUUCACCAAUAUUCAACUUGGUAACAAUAAGAUUUAUCAGGGAAUUUCAUUAAACACUUUUGACCUUAAAAAUCAAAUGUUUCCCAUAAUUUAUGGAGGAAAUGCUCCCAAUGUUACUGGAGGCUUCAAUGCGUCUGAAUCAAGGUUUUGCCUAGAACACUCAGUAGACAAAAAUCUGGUUCAAGGGAAAAUAGUCCUUUGUGAUUCCUUUGUGGUUCCUAAGGAAACUACACCAUUGGUCCGAGCAGGUGCAGUUGGUCUUAUAAUGCAGGGGACGAGGCGUAGAGAUGUUGCCAACUCUUAUCCCUUGCCUUCAUCUUACCUUGAUAUGGACGAUGGUGGGGAUGUCUACCUAUACAUAAAUACGCCAAGUAAUAAUAACUCAACUGCAACUAUAUUCAAGACUCACGAGGGAAAUGAUUCAUUAGCCCCUUGCGUAGCCUCCUUCUCAUCAAGAGGUCCAAAUCCAAUUACACUUGAUAUUCUUAAGCCUGAUUUAUCUGCUCCUGGAGUCGAUAUUCUAGCUGCAUGGACCCCGAUUUCAUCUGUUACUAGAGCAGAAGGCGAUAAUAGAUUUGUGAAGUACAAUAUAAUUUCAGGAACAUCAAUGGCUUGCCCACAUGUUACUGCUGUAGCUGCCUACAUCAAAUCCUUUCAUCCCACUUGGUCUCCUGCUGCUAUCAAGUCCGCCCUCAUGACUACUGCAACCCCCAUGCAUGCCUUAUCCAACUCUGAUGCAGAGUUUGCAUAUGGAGCAGGCCAUCUUGAUCCUUUACAGUCUCUAAAUCCUGGUUUGAUAUAUGAUGCUGAUGAAGUUGACUAUGUAAAAUUUUUGUGCGGACAAGGUUAUGAUACUAGGCUUCUACGCAUAGUUACUGGGGAUAGCAGUAGUUGUUCGGAGGUCAAUUAUGGCACCAUUUGGGAUCUUAACUAUCCUUCUUUUGCUCUUGCUUCCUCACCAUCAGAAUAUAUCAGUCGUGUUUUCCGUCGAACUGUCACAAAUGUAGGAUCGGCAAUGUCCAUAUAUCAGGUCAAAGUGGAUGCUCCAUUAGGUCUUAAUAUUGAUGUGAUUCCUUCAGUUCUCUCUUUCACUGCUCUUGGACAGAAUCAAUCCUUUGCAGUCACCAUACAAGGAACCAUAGAUGAAUCCAUAGUCUCUGCUUCUUUGGUAUGGGAUGACGGUACUUACCAAGUAAGAAGUCCCAUUGUCGUUUAUGUUGUAUGAUAGUUCACUGUAUAUGUAACACUUAUAUAGUAUGUAUAUAUAUACACAAUUAAUUAUACUUUGAAUUUCAAUUUGUUUCCAGGAAAAAGAAAAUAUUUUUAGAUUCCAAUAAAUUCUUUUGUAUAAAUCUCAGUGCUAAUAUCAUGGUUAUGAUAUGAUUGAGAGAUGAUAAUGCUCU